AUGAGAACAAGAAGAGGAAGAUACCAAGAAGUUCCAUUGAUAAAUAGUCAUACUGUUGAGGAUUAUUUUGUGUGGAAAACACCCAUUUCUGAUAAGUUCUCCACACUGACUGAUGACGAGGUGUCCGUGUUAUUCUGUUUUCUGUGUUCUGACUCCGGGCCUCCUGACUUCACUGACACAGAGUGUCUGGACUUGCUUAAAGGGAUACGACUGAGAAUGUACCGUGGAGAGAAUCCUGUAACACGCCAGGAAGCACAGCAGACUCUGGACAGACUGAAGUCACGUGAUUAUUUUUGGGAAGAUCAGGACAAGAUAACGGAGGACACAAAGGAUGAAACAAUGUAUAGGAUAGCAUCAAAAGACCGUGCUUUACCAUUCUAUUACAGUAGUUAUAACACAGCCAGUGUGUAUCUGAGAUCAGAGGGAUACAACAGAAAGCCUGGAGAGAAGUGUGUCCUUAGUCGUAAUUGUGAUGACUUACUGAUACUCCGUCUACAGAUGAACAUCCUCACUCAUGUCACCUUGGAGGACAGAAGGAUCUGUGAUGAAGUGUCUCAGACCUGUGAGUAUAAAACAUGA